CCAUUCACACGCAGGGAGCCGUCGGAGAGAGAGCACCGCCACUGCGUGACCAGCGUGGAAAUGUGCCCAAGUUUUGGAAUUUAAAACCACGGCGGGGAUAUCCACCCUAAGGAUCACUUGAAUCUGGCUCCCACCUUGUGCCUCUGUGGAUGAUGUUCCUGAUGACUGCCCACAACGCUGAAAACAGGACAGCGGAUCAAUAGGAGUUUUAUUUCCCCUUCCCCAAUCCCUCUCUCCCUGAAGCUGUCCUUCCUUAAGUUCUGAUAUUAAAGCAAAAUAGAAUAAUCCUGACUUAGAAAUAGGGUACUGGAGCUUGUACUCCUUCUGUGCCUCUCUUUCUCCUUCCCCAUCCCCCAAAGCCUUGCCUCUAGACAGCCCAGACAUGUAUCCCCUCGCUCGGUCAGUGGCUUCCCCUGGCCAGAGGAACUUGUUACUCCUCUUGGGGUUUUUACUCAUCAUGAGCUCAUCCACCUCUGAAGGCCAACCCCCACCCUUCAAACGGUUUGCCCCUGCUGAGUGUUUGCUCACACAUCUGGCAAUCCACAACAAGACUGGAGAAGUGUAUGUGGGAGCUGUCAACUGGAUUUUCAAGCUGUCUAGCAACCUGACUAAACUCCGAAACCACAUGACUGGUCCAGUGGUGGACAAUGAGAAAUGCUACCCUCCGCCAAGUGUCCAAUCCUGCCCUCAUGACCUGGCUCAGACCCCCAAUGUGAACAAGCUUCUCCUUAUAGACUACGCACAGAACCGUCUCAUUGCCUGUGGCAGCACCUCACAAGGCAUCUGCCAGUUCUUGCGUUUGGAUGACCUCUUUAAGCUUGGUGAGCCUCAUCACCGCAAGGAGCACUACCUCUCCAGUGUGGCAGAGUCGGGUACUAUGUCAGGAGUGAUCAUAAGCUCCCCACACAGUCCUACCAGCAAGCUAUUCAUUGGAACCCCUAUUGAUGGCAAGUCUGAGUACUUCCCCACACUGUCCAGCCGCAAACUGAUGGAGAAUGAAGAAAAUGCAGACAUGUUUAGCUUCGUCUAUCAGGAUGAGUUUGUCUCAUCUCAGCUAAAGAUCCCUUCAGACACACUAUCAAAAUUCCCUGCUUUCGAUAUCUAUUAUGUUUACAGCUUCAGCAGCGAACAGUUUGUCUAUUAUCUAACAAUGCAGCUUGACACUCAGUUGACUUCACCUGACGCCAGUGGAGAGCAGUUCUUCACCUCUAAAAUUGUCCGCCUCUGCGUGGAUGACCCAAAGUUUUACUCCUAUGUUGAGUUCCCCAUCGGCUGCACUAAAGAUGGGAUAGAGUACCGUCUGGUGCAGGAUGCCUUUUUGGCUCGGCCGGGCCGGCAACUGGCCAACUCUCUGGGGAUUUCCGAGAAUGAAGAUAUCCUCUUCACGGUAUUCUCCCAAGGUCAGAAGAAUCGGGCAAAACCACCCAGAGAGUCAGCAUUGUGCCUGUUCACCCUGAGGAGGAUAAAGGAGAAGAUCAAAGAAAGGAUUCAGUCCUGCUACAGGGGAGAUGGGAAACUCUCCUUACCCUGGCUGCUUAACAAGGAGCUCGCCUGCAUCAACUCACCUUUGCAGAUAGAUGACAACUUCUGUGGCCAGGACUUCAACCAGCCUUUGGGGGGAACCAGCACCAUAGAGGGCACCCCUCUCUUCAUUGACAAGGAAGAUGGCAUGACUUCGGUGGCAGCGUACGACUACCGCAGCAACACUGUGGCGUUUGUCGGCACACGCAAUGGAAAGCUGAAGAAGAUACUGGUGAACUCUGUGAGCCCCAAUCGUCCAGCAGUGCUGUAUGAGAAGGUGACUGUAAGCGAGGGAGGAAGUCCCCUAUUGAGAGACAUGCUGUUCAGCCCGGACCAGCAGUACAUCUACACCCUGACGGACAGACAGGUGGUGAGGGUUCCAGUGGAGAGCUGCGAACAGUACACUACUUGCGGGGAGUGUUUGGGCUCCAGAGACCCUCACUGUGGUUGGUGUGUUCUCCACAAUGUAUGUUCUCGAAAGGACCACUGUGAACGAGCAGGAGAGCCUCAGAGGUUUGCCUCUGACCAGAAACAGUGUGUAGAGCUGACUGUUCAGCCAAGAAAUAUCUCUGUCACCAUGUCUGAAGUUCAGCUGGUCCUUCAGGCUCGUAAUGUACCCGAUCUGUCAGCGGGGGUCAACUGCUCCUUUGAGGACUAUGUGGAGACAGAGGGACGGAUCCAGGGUGGACACAUCUUUUGCCUGUCUCCUUCUGCCAAGGACAUUGCCCCAAUCACUAGGAACAAAGGUGACAAGCGUGUGGUGAAGCUCCACCUCAAGUCCAAGGAGACAGGCAAGAAGUUUGCAAGCGUCAACUUUGUCUUCUACAACUGCAGCGUCCAUCAGUCCUGCCUCUCCUGUGUAAAUGGCUCCUUCCCAUGCCACUGGUGCAAGUACCGUCACAUGUGCACUCAGAAUGCCAACGACUGCUCUUUCCAGGAGGGACGUGUCAACAAUUCUGAGGAUUGCCCUCAGAUUCUGCCUUCAACACAGAUUUACAUUCCAGUCGGCGUGACCAAGCCAAUCACCUUAGCGGCCAAGAACUUGCCCCAGCCCCAGUCUGGACAGAGGAACUAUGAGUGUGUCUUCCACAUCCAGGGGGAGACCUACAACGUUCCUGCACUGCGCUUCAACAGCACCUCCAUUCAGUGCCAGAAAACAGCGUAUACUUAUGAGGGCAAUGACAUCAGCGACCUGCCAGUGGAUCUGUCUGUUGUGUGGAACGGGAAUUUCGUCAUCGACAACCCUCAUAACAUUAAAGCUCACCUGUAUAAAUGCUAUGCACUGAGAGACAGCUGUGGGAUGUGCUUGAAGGCAAACCCCCGGUUUGAGUGCGGCUGGUGCGUAGGAGAAAAGAAGUGCUCGCUGAGACAGGAGUGCACUCCUCCAGAGAGCACUUGGAUGCAUGCCACAACCGGAAACAGCCGCUGUGCACACCCCAAGAUCUACAAGCUCUAUCCAGAGACCGGACCCAGGCAGGGAGGAACCAUGUUAACCAUCUCUGGUGAGAACUUGGGCUUGCAAUUCAAAGAUAUCCAGAAUGGAGUUCGCAUCGGGAAGGUGAUGUGCAACCCUCAGGAGGACCAGUACAUCAGCGCUGAGCAGAUUGUGUGCCAGUUAAAUGAUGCAACAGGUUACAGAGUGCAGGAGGCUCAGGUGGAGGUGUGUGUGAGGGACUGCUUUCACUCCGACUACAAAACACUGUCAACCAAAGCUUUCACUUUUGUGUCUCCAUAUUUUACCCGUGUCCACCCCUCGGCUGGACCUUUAUCUGGAGGAACAAGGAUCACCAUUGAAGGCAGUCAUCUCAACGCAGGCAGUGCUGUAUCUGUGAAAAUUGGACUUCACUUGUGCCACUUUGAGAGGCGCAGUGGAAGGGAGAUUGUGUGUGUGACCCCAGCUGGCCAGGCUCCAGGGCCCACACCAGUCAUGGUGGACAUUAACUCUGCUGAACUGAGGAACCCAGAGGUCAAGUUUAGCUACACAGACGAUCCCACCAUCCUCAAGAUUGAACCUGACUGGAGCAUCGCCAGUGGAGGAACCCUGUUGACUAUUACUGGAACCAAUCUGGCAACCAUCAGAGAGCCCAAAAUGAGAGCCAAGUAUGGAGCUGCACAAUCCCAAAACAACUGCACAGUUCUCAACAACACCGUGAUGGUGUGUCUGGCGCCCUCUGUGGCUGGAUCUGAUAAAAGCUUCUCUGAGGCAGGCAGCAGUCCCGAUGAGAUUGGCUUUGUCAUGGAUGACGUGCGCUCUGUGCUGGUGGUAAACAUGACUUUCAGCUACCACCCGGACCCUGUGUUUGAAGCUCUGAGCCCCACAGGCAUGCUGGAGCUGAAACCCAGCUCACCACUCAUACUUAAGGGUCGUAACCUAAUUCCUGCAGCUCCGGGAAAUGCUAAACUGAACUACACGGUGCUGAUCGGGGAGACACCUUGUGUUCUCACCCUGUCCGAGAGCCAGCUGCUUUGUGAGUGGCCAAACCUGACCGGAGAGCACAAAGUCACAGUGCGUGUUGGAGGCUUUGAAUACUCACCAGGGACUCUGCAGAUCUACUCUGACAGCCUGCUCACCCUGCCUGCCAUCAUUGGUAUUGGAGGAGGUGGUGGUCUGCUUCUGCUUGUCAUCAUUGCGGUGCUGAUUGCUUAUAAGAGGAAGUCACGGGACGCCGACCGCACCCUCAAACGGUUGCAGCUGCAGAUGGACAACCUGGAGUCCAGGGUGGCUCUUGAGUGCAAGGAAGCCUUUGCAGAGCUGCAGACCGACAUCCACGAACUGACACAGGAGUUAGACGGAGCAGGAAUUCCCUUCCUGGACUACCGCACUUACGCCAUGAGAGUCCUCUUUCCUGGGAUUGAGGACCAUCCUGUACUCAAGGAGAUGGAGGUACGGGUUCCAGCAAAUGUGGAAAAAGCCCUGACAUUGUUUGGCCAGCUACUGACCAAAAAGCACUUCCUGCUGACUUUCAUUCGCACGCUGGAAGCCCAGCGGUCCUUCUCCAUGCGAGACCGGGGUAACGUGGCCUCCCUCAUCAUGACAGCACUGCAGGGGGAGAUGGAGUACGCCACAGGCGUCCUCAAACAGCUCCUGUCUGACCUCAUCGACAAAAACCUGGAGAGCAAGAACCACCCGAAGCUUUUGCUCAGAAGGACGGAGUCAGUCGCUGAGAAGAUGCUCACCAACUGGUUCACCUUCCUGCUUUACAAGUUCCUGAAGGAAUGUGCUGGUGAGCCUCUCUUCAUGCUGUACUGUGCCAUGAAGCAGCAAAUGGAAAAGGGGCCGAUAGAUGCAAUUACAGGAGAAGCCCGCUAUUCCCUCAGCGAGGAUAAACUCAUCAGACAACAAAUCGACUACAAGACUUUGACGCUGCACUGUGUGAACCCAGAGAAUGAAAAUGCUCCAGAGGUGACAGUGAAGAGCCUGAACUGUGACACAGUGACGCAGGUGAAGGAGAAGCUGCUGGAUGCUGUGUACAAAGGGACACCAUACUCCCAGAGACCAAAGGCCUCAGAUAUGGACCUGGAGUGGCGUCAGGGCAGGAUGGCGCGCAUCAUCCUUCAGGACGAGGAUGUCACCACAAAGAUUGAUAAUGACUGGAAGAGGCUCAACACCCUGGCUCAUUACCAGGUGACAGAUGGCUCAGUGAUUGCUCUGGUGCCUAAACAGAACUCAGCCUACAACAUCUCCAACUCCUCCACAUUCACCAAGUCCCUCAGCAGAUACGGUACGAAAGAAGAGAGCAUGCUGAGGACAGCCAGUAGUCCAGACAGCUUGCGCUCCCGAACACCCAUGAUCACUCCUGACCUCGAGAGCGGCACCAAGCUGUGGCAUCUGGUGAAGAAUCACGACCACUCAGACCAGAGAGAGGGGGAUAGAGGGAGCAAGAUGGUCUCUGAGAUCUACCUGACCAGACUGCUGGCCACAAAGGGUACACUCCAGAAGUUUGUGGAUGACUUGUUUGAGACCAUCUUCAGCACAGCGCACCGAGGCAGCGCCCUGCCGCUCGCCAUCAAGUACAUGUUUGACUUCUUGGAUGAGCAGGCGGAUAAACACUCCAUAUCAGACUCUGAUGUACGGCACACUUGGAAGAGCAACUGUCUUCCACUGAGGUUCUGGGUGAAUGUGAUCAAGAACCCGCAGUUUGUCUUUGACAUUCACAAGAACAGCAUUACAGACGCCUGCUUGUCUGUGGUGGCUCAGACCUUCAUGGACUCAUGUUCAACAUCAGAGCAUAAACUGGGGAAGGACUCACCUUCCAACAAGCUGCUGUAUGCUAAAGACAUCCCCAAUUACAAAAACUGGGUAGAAAGGUACUACUCUGACAUCUCCAGGAUGCCCGCCAUCAGCGACCAGGACAUGAGUGCCUACCUUGCAGAGCAGUCACGCCUGCACGCCAACCAGUUCAACAGCAUGUCGGCCCUACACGAGAUCUAUUCCUACAUCGUUAAGUACAAGGAUGAGAUCUUGUCAGCUUUGGAGCGAGACGAGCAGGCAAGGAGACAGAGACUGAGGAGUAAGCUUGAGCAGGUCAUCGACACAAUGGCUCUGACCAGCUGAGGACCAUCCACCUACUCCUUCUCCUCACUCCUCCUCUCCAUCUGUCUCUCUCCCUCGCUCUUCUCACCCAGACAACAAACAAAACUCCAACCCCUCGACAAUACGAACUGCAAAAGGACCGAAGCAGUAUACUGCAAAACGUGGGGGGUUCGGCAGAGAUGGGCGCGCCUGUGUACGCUUACAUGUGUCUGUUUGUGUUUGUCUGCAGCCCCAUGCUGUGUGGCCUCGUGUCUGUGUGAAAGACUUGAGACGCCAGACAUUUUCGCACACGGAGAACAAGUCAGCUGACAGCAUUUGAUUAUCGUGGAUGUUGGUGUUUGUGGUUCGCUUGAUUUUGAUUUCAGGAGUUUUGUCGUGACGAUGCUGUCGGCAAAGAAAGGAUAGAAGCUCGGAAAGAACUCCACAUACGGCAUCAUUAGCAGAAUGGACCAAUCUGUCAUGAGCCAAUGGAGAGAGGCUCUGUAGGUCAUGUGACUCCAACAGUUGUCACACUUUUAAAAAAUAUUAGAUUUUUUUUUUUGUAUAAAUGUAAUCAACUGCCCACUCUGAUCUCUCGCCACUUGUAUUACUGCUGAAUUUGCACAAUUUACAGAAACGUUACAAAGCAAGACUAUAUAGAUAUUAUAUAUAAAUACUGCUAAGUUUUUAAAGGAAGAUUAGUGGGAAAACAUUUUUGUUGUUUUUCUAUUUCAUUUAAACCAACAAACACAAGAAAAAUAAAACAAGAUUUGAUAUUUGAAAUAUAAAAAAAAAUCUCUGUAGGCAGAAAAUGAACGAAAAAGAAACAAAAAAUUCGUACUGUGCCAUGUUUUCUUUGAAUGUUGUUUAGUGCAAAGACAUUUUGUUAGAUGGAAUGUGCUACAGUCUGAUUUUUAAUAUGAACAUGCCUAGUGACUGAAAAGAAAUGUUUGAGUAACAACCCGCCGUGAGGUCUUUUUUGAUGGCGGUGGUGAGCGAGACGAAGUGCUACAUCUUCUCCAGGGAGAGAGUUCGUGGUGUCACAGUGAAGGCAUGAAGAUGCUGUUGUUUCUGAGUCAAUCGGUGCAAUCUGUUGGUUUCAUAAAGCCAAAUAUCGCAGGAUUGUCGCUUUAUUAUUUGCCACGUUAGUUUCUGGCUGCACAGCUGCUGCACUUCUUCACGGCUGAGGAAGCGACGGCUGGCUGGAUCAUGGUUUAAGUGACUGAACAAUGAAGUAGCUACAUUGCACUACCUGAGAUAUCCCCUGUUUUGCCCUGAUGCCUCGUAGCCACCAUGUGUAACCGCUGGGAUCCCGCAUUUUGUGUGUUUGUGUUGGCUUCCCCUAAUAGGAUAAUUUGUUUUUUCCACAACUGUCCCGCAACAGCAAAGCCAAAGUCUUGCUGCUUGCUUUUAACCUUUCUUUAGGAGCUACAAUGAGGUCAGGUAGCGUUAAGCUGAGCCCAUUAAAGGUGAAAUGAAUUCAGAAAAGCUGUUUGAAGCCUAAAGCCACAAUUACUUAGCAUUUUUUUCCUCAAUGUUAAUACCCAAAUAAAGUGGCAAAGAAAAGAUAAACUGAGUUUCUCUCCUCCUCUAACCUAUAUGUUGGAGACAUGGGUGUUAGCUUUUCAUCCACGGAGGGGAUAGAAAGAUAGAAAAGUGAGACACCUCUGUUCAUUAGCUUCACCAGGCUGAGUAAUCCUCCAGGAGCCUGCAGCCCUUGUUUCAAAACUAGCCUAUUGCCAUGUGUGGCUUAAGCUUUUUAUAUUACUUCUCUCUUAAGAGGAUUUCUUUGUUUCUCUUUUUUGGAAGUCUUGACGUCAUGGUUUUUUGACCUUGUGGUAAGAAAUAUGUUUUUUUUGUUUUUUUUUUUCUGCUUGCCGAAAACCAAACUGUGGUCUGUAGAAUGUUUCUGUUGAUGAUUCAUUUGUAAAUUGUACAAUUUUUCAUGAUGAACAAAAGCUGUUUGCCAUUUUUAUAAUCUGUUUUUGUUUUUUUUUUCUUUAGUCUUUUUAUUUUAACAUGUAAAUUGUACAUUUAACGGUACACAGAAGACUAAAUUCUCUUCAGCUCGUCUGAAGUUGAAGUACUUGACCGAACUUAAGGUUUUGUUUUCCUGAUCUCAGAGAUUCAGAAUGAAAUAGUUGAAUCAGAUGAGCAUUUGUGUCGUCGUGAUGGAAAUGUGACUUGCUGCUUUUACUCUUGUAUCUUGUUUUUCUAUCAAACAUUAGGGCUCUCAUUCAGUGCUGAUCAUAAAUGCUGUCACUGUCCGGCCCACCACUUUGUUUACCGUACAUGUCUGAGAAGCGACAUGACUUUUACAACUUUGUGCAUAUGAACCUUUUUCAACUGGAUACAUGUUGGAACUUGAUAGCCCACCUGUACUUGCCAACAAGCAGUCUUAAGGGACCACUCCGUUCAUGCAAUAAUAAAGGAAAAUGAUCAGCUCACAAUGUUGGUUGCACGCAUUACACAACUUGUUUGGGUAAAUCAUGACUUCCCAAUAUCCUGCACCAAUGUAAGGUUUUCCCAGUCUACCAUUUAUUUUCUCCUCUGGCUUUUUAAUGCGUUCAUACAUUUUGGUGCUCGUACUGCUCAGAUCACACAGUGUGGAAAUGGAUGACUGCUGUGGCUCAGUGUGAGCGAGGUGCACAGUGGCCACUCGCUCCCUGCUGAAGCACACAGCAUCCAGCAGGUCUGUCAGGAUCUUUUAAACAUACUUCAACAUUCUCAAUCCAUUCUCAGGUUUGCGCUUCAUUUGCAUCAUAUGCUGGUAGAUUACAUGACUGCUGAGUGGGUUGGGCUCGGUUAUUGUUUGUGUUGGUUCUUGCCUUUAAGAUUAACCUGCUUUGCAAGUCUAAACUCAUUUUUAGAACAUUUUCCCAGCAUCCUUUCUCCAGCCUUUAUUCAUUUCUUACUGAGGUAGUAGAAUGUUGAUUGUUUGAGUCAUUUCAGCUGCUAACUCAGAAUAUGUCACAAGAACAACAUGCUGGCCGUAGUUUGUCCGUGAUGCUGGGUUUUAUGCUGUAUAUUCGUCACAUCAAAACUAAAUAACAAGUCAAAUUUACUGCACUGUCUUCAGUGUGAGCGGAUUCAGCACAUAAUCAUGUUUCAUUUUCACCUCUUCUGUCAUUUUUGCCUUUCCAACCCAUUGCUGACUCGAAGAAAGUCCUGCCAUCACUCUGCUUCCACCUGUUUUGUUUUUUUUCUGCUGCUUUUUCAGCCUGGAAAAAAAAAAAAAAAAAAAAAAUCAUGUUUUUUUUUUUUUUUUUUCUUGUUUUUGUUUUUCUGAAUAAAGUUACAUAGGACCCGUGGGGACACAAAGCAAAUGAAUUUCAGAUAGACAGGAAAAGAAUUUUAAUACAAAAACUGAUACAUUUUUAGAGUUUCAGACUUGAAGUGACUGUCACAAGUUUGCAGCUUAACAUUCAUUAUGUAAAUAUUCUGUUAUUUCCUAUUUUGCAGAUUUACUACUUGUAAAUAAACACGCAUCAAUGAGAGAUUAAACAUUUUUUGCUAAA